CGUGCAGUUAGCUUUCAGCUGUGUUUAUAUAUAUAUAUAUGUAUAUAUAUGUGUGUAUAUGCAUAUAUACUACACGCUCUAUAUACUUAACCUAUAAAAAAAAUAAAUUUUGCUUCAUGCAACAAGUGAAAAGAACAAUAUUGAAAGAUCAAAUGUAUAUUAAUUGAAGUAUUAAAUGAAGCUAUUAAAAUGCCAACAGUCAUAGCAUUAGAUGUUUCUUUGUCAAUGAGACGCCCUGCAACAGUUGGAAGUGUAGGAAGUAGUGAUAAUUCUCAAAGUGAACAAUUAACGAGGCAUCAUUUAGCAAUUCAUGGAAUAAAUGCCUUAUUACAUUAUUUACAAACUAAUUCUAAAUUAGAAUUUGUUUCUUUGGUAUUAUUUUCAUCGCUUUAUGAAGUUAUAUGUCCAUUUACUCGUGACUAUGACAGUAUACGUGCAAAGUUACAAAAUAUAGAGGAAUGUGACAAGACUUGUAUCGAAACAGCUUUACAUGGUGUUAACAAUGUGAUCAUAGCAGAAUGGGGCAAUACUACAGCAUGCCAAGUAGUUUUAAUAACAGAUGGUAAUCCUGGAAUUGGACCAAUGUCUUUGGGAGAUUCAUUAAAUUCCUUAAAUAUAACAAGAGAUAUAAAUCCUUUCCCAUUACCUUUUCCAUAUCCAGGAAAAUUAAGUGUCGUUUGUAUUGCACCAUCGCAAGAUCCAAGUUUGUCUGUAGGUUUACCUCUUUACCAACGUCUAAUUGAUCUAGCUGGAUAUGAAAGCAUUAUAUUAGUACCAGAUUCUCCUCUCACAAAGCAUUCUGUCGCAUUAUGUUUUCAAAAACUAGCAGAAACAAAUUAUGUGUCUUUUCAAGGUUAUUUAAAAUGUGGCUAUUUAGGGUCACGUAUUCUUCUAUCUCCACCUCCCAUGCCAUAUACAAAAAAAACAGAUUUUGAACUGAUACCCGGUUUAAUGAUAUCAAAAAAUAUUGAAAUUUGUGGAUUUAUAUCAGUAGCAGAUGUUGGUAGUCCUAAUGCCAUAUCAAGACAUUUAGUCUUACCAUUGCCUACUGAAAAAAAUGCAAAUAUGCAAGGUAUAUCGUUGGAAGAAGAUUCAGAUACUGAUGAAAAUGGAGAUGAAGGCAAAAUUCCAUCUUUUUGUGUAUUAUUACAUGGAGCUUUAAAGGUAGAAAAUAUGGCAGCUCUAUGUUUAUUGAAUAAUGAAUGGUUUGGCUUUAUUUAUUCAUGGGCAGAUACAAAAAAGAAGUCAAAUUUAAUGUUAACGGUUCUAGAACCAGGACCUGAUAUUGUACCAUGGUUAGGUAAUUUCAAUAAUUUAGGUCCAGUUGAUGCAGCUCAAGGUGCACAAGUUUCUUUUCCUGUUAGACCUACUGAAAAGAGAAGUUAUACUCAAAAUGCACCAUCAUGGAUUCGACAAGUGGGAUUGCAAUCUGAUAUUCAAAAAAUAUUAAGACAUGCAAGAAAAUUGCCAGAAAAAACACAAAAUUUUUACAAAGAAGUAAACAGGUUGCGCAGAGCAGCAGCCUCCAUGGGAUUUGUGGAAUUGUUAGAAGGUUUAGCGUGUAUAUUGGAACGAGAGUGUACAUUGUUACCACCAAAUUUAAAUCCAGACUGUACAAUACAAUUAGGACAUGUCGCUGCAAUGUUACGAAAACCUGAAUUUCUCGAACUCAGAUAUAAUAUUCCACCGACACGAACAAAAUUUCAACAGGAAGGUUCAUAA